AUGGGUACAACUUGUGCCACCUACAGGUUUUCGUGUGGGGUGAAAGUUAUUGAUAGUGCGGUAUCCCAUCCUGCCGCCGACAAGGGCAAGGUGACGGACAGCGCGAAAGCGGUGUCGAAUGACGGGAGCGUGGCAGCAGUGAGAAGAUCUGUCGCUGCUCAAUGGAAUGAUGAGCUCGCGGCUCGUGAGAGUGGACGGGCGGAGCGAUACGUUAGCACGAUGGGCGAUGACGGUGGUGACGACCAAGUCAGCGGCGCCGUGACGGACCACUCGACGGUGGAGAUGACGAUGGUGAGGAAGAGGGCGACGACGGAGAUGGCCACGGCUGACGAGAGCGCCGUGACGGCACCGAGCCCAGCCCCUGCGAACACCAAUGAGGUGCCAACCUCUGAGGAAGGCAGCGAGACCACGGACGGAGUGCGACUGGCUGAGGAAAGCGGUACGGCAGCCACGCGGCAAGCCGCCGAAGUACGUGACGCGCUGGAAGCGCGACGACAGCAGCGUGCUGCCGGUGACGAAGUGCGAGUUGACGAACGGGCCCGCGUGAACCAGGUGCGGUACGACAGCGCCACUAUGGACGAGGAGGCAGAUGGCGGCAGCGAUGCGGACGUGACAGCCGGUGUUGAUUUCCUAGGUGGGCGUCGGGCGGCUAUGGACUUUGAUCGUGGUGAGCGUCACGAACCUGCAGAGACGCGCCGUACAGACGGUGGACGUGCGCCUGAUGGUGAAGAAGGCGUGUUUCAACCUACUAUGAACAAUGGAGCGGUGCGGUUAGCGGUGGCGGUGACCAAGGUGGAAAAGGGCAAGGCUCUGAUCCCCGCGAUCAACACAUACGGCUGUCGCAUCAAGCUACCUAGCAGGAAGGAGUUGGGGGAGUUGGUGACGGCAGUGAGGAGUGAUGCAGCGGACGCUGCACCAGCGACGAAGACUACGGCGGCCGAGACGACGCAGAUGCAGACGGUGGCGCCAGACGCGCCCAUGGCACGAGGAGAUGCAGUAUGUGUCUCUUCAGCGGCUGCCGAAGCGACACAUGCAGAGGAUGCGACCAAUGAGCGCGAGGUGGAGCUACCGACGACCGAGCCGGCAGUGCCAGUGCAGCAGCUGACGGACAAGACGACGGAGGUGGUGGUGACGGUGAACGGCACCACCGUGGAGCCAAGCAAUGACCCCGCGUCGACGAUAUACGGCACGACAACGGCCCAAAGGCACGACACGGCCGCGGUGGCCACGACGAACCGCAGCUCAGCGACGGUGGACGGUAUGGUGACGGUGCACGACGGCAUGGCGAUGGAGGUAUACGAAGAGAACAGCAGCACCACGCUGGCGCCGACAGCCAGCAGGAGGCGCACGAAGAAGGCAGUUGAGCCUGCCAUACGACGAAGUGCACGUAUACGUGAGCGCGCAGAGCGCCACGUACACCAGGCGACGACGAAUCCGGCCGAGACGACGAGACCAGCGCGAUCUCGGACGCUGGACAGCCGGCAGCCUAGACGACAGCCCCUGGCGACCAGCACGGACGUGCCGAACGCCAGUGUAGCGGUGGAGCCGAGGACUACGACUACGGAGACUACUGGCGCCCCAACGACGGCGAGUGCAGCACCAGCAGUGGCUACACCAGCCCCACGAGCAAGGGCAGCCCCUGCACCACAACCUACGGCGGCACGAGGCGUCGACGCGAAGUAA